AUUACCGAUAUGGUUGCCAAGCACACUGGACUGGACACAAAGCUCCACUUUUCCAGAUUCGCUGUGGAAUUGAUAGAAUCGAAUGAAUGAAGCAUGAGGAAGGACGCUGAAGAAAUUUCAGCUCCACUUCUUACUACCGAGAAACGGGCUGAACCAUACAAAGACCAUGCCUCCGGUUCCGGAACAUCUUCUCCGUCGUGCGAGCCGUUCGGAGACGAGAAUUCUCCGGUGGAGCAGGUGGCUCUCACGGUACCCGUCACGGAUGACCGGACCCUGCCGGUGGUCACCUUCCGGAUGUGGGUCCUGGGAGCCCUGGCAUGCGUUGUCCUGUCUUUCCUCAACCAGUUCUUCUGGUUCCGGCGGGAGCCGCUUUCUAUCAGCUCAAUCUCCGCUCAGAUCGCCGUGGUGCCGCUGGGCCACCUCAUGGCUUCGGCGUUGACGAGCAGAGUGUUCUUCAAGGGCCAAAAGUGGGAAUUCACCCUGAAUCCGGGACCUUUCAACAUGAAAGAGCACGUGCUGAUCACCAUCUUCGCCAACUCCGGCGCGGCGAAUCCCUACUCGAUUCAUAUCGUUAGUGCCGUGAAGGUGUUUUACAGGCAGAGGUUGACUUUCUGGGUGGCGCUGGUGGUGGUUAUAACUACCCAGGUUUUGGGCUUUGGAUGGGCCGGCAUUCUCAGGCGCUACUUGGUGGAGCCCGCUGAAAUGUGGUGGCCCCAAAACCUCGUCCAGGUCUCUUUGUUCAGGGCGCUUGAUGAGAAAGAACAGAGAAUCAAGGGCAGAUUGUCAAGGAACCAGUUCUUCCUUAUUGCCUUCAUCUGCAGCUUUGCUUAUUAUGUCCUUCCUGGAUACCUUUUCCCCAUGCUAACCUCCCUUUCCUGGAUAUGUUGGAUCUUCCCUAAUUCCGUUCUUGCCCAACAGCUGGGUUCAGGACUUCAUGGUCUUGGUAUUGGUGCAAUUGGUCUUGACUGGUCUAGCAUAUCUUCUUACAUUGGGAGCCCACUGGCUAGCCCUUGGUUUGCAACUGCUAAUCUUGCUGUUGGCUAUUUUCUCAUGAUGUAUGUUAUCACCCCUAUUGCAUAUUGGUUCAAUAUCUACAAGGCAAAAACCUUUCCUAUUUACUCAGACGGCCUCUUCACAUCAAAGGGACAAAACUACAACAUCUCAGCCAUCAUUGAUUCAAACUUCCACAUUGAUCUAACUGCAUACGAGAAUGAGGGACGCCUGUAUCUCAGUACCUUCUUUGCUAUUACAUAUGGUUUCAGUUUUGCUUGCCUCACUGCUACUGUUGUUCAUGUCUUCCUUUUCCAUGGAAGAGAUCUAUGGCGGCUGAGCAAGUCUGCCUUCCAAGAGAAGAAAUUGGAUGUGCACACAAAGCUUAUGAGGAUGUAUAAGCAAGUUCCUGAAUGGUGGUUCACAUGCAUUCUUUUAGUUAACAUUGCAGCAACCAUAUUUAUAUGUGAAUACUACAAUGACCAGCUUCAAUUACCGUGGUGGGCUGUCUUGCUGGCGUGUGGUCUUACCUUCUUUUUCACCCUCCCAGUAGGUGUCAUCACUGCCACUACAAAUCAGACACCAGGACUCAAUGUGAUCACAGAGUACAUCAUUGGGUACUUGUACCCAGGAUAUCCUGUUGCAAACAUGUCCUUUAAGGUGUAUGGGUACAUCAGUAUGAAACAGGCCCUAGCCUUUCUGCAGGAUUUCAAACUUGGACAUUACAUGAAGAUCCCUCCCAGAGACAUGUUCAUGGCUCAGGUUGCUGGCACUCUAGUAUCAGCUCUUGUGCAUCUAGGAACAGCAUGGUGGCUCUUGGAGACAGUCCCAGACAUUUGUGACAGAGCAAUGCUUCCUCCUGGCAGCCCCUGGACUUGCCCAGGCGACCAUGUGUUCUAUGAUGCCUCUGUUAUAUGGGGUUUAAUUGGACCGCAGAGAAUUUUUGGAGAUCUUGGUUACUACUCUGCCAUUAACUGGGCCUUCGUGCUUGGAGCUGUGGCUCCUGCUGUAGUUUGGCUUAUGCACAAGGCCUUUCCAAACCAGCAGUGGAUUAGUCUCAUAUCUGUGCCUGUAGUAUUAGCUGGAAUAAUCAAUAUGCCACCAGCUACUGCUGUGAACUACAACAGCUGGGUUAUAAUUGCAUUUCUUUCUGGAUUCAUUGCCUACCGAUAUUAUCGAAGCUGGUGGAGUCGACACAACUAUGUGUUGUCUGGGGCGCUCGAUGCUGGAUUAGCCUUCAUGGGAGUAUUGCUUUAUUUGGCUUUGGACAUUGGGCAUGUUAGCCUUGACUGGUGGGGAAGUAAAGCAGAUGGAUGCCCCUUAGCUUCUUGCCCGACUGCAGAUGGGGUAGUUGUUCAAGGGUGCCCAGUUCUUGAGUCGUGGGGGACAUAGUAAUCCAAUUUUAUCUCGCUGUACAUAUCCGAUUAGUUACCAGGUUCAGGUUGUAUGUAGUGUAUGGUAUCUACAUUCAGAAAAUAUUCAAAUAUUCUACAGUGUUUGUACGAGUUCUUGCUUCGAGGGCUGAUUCUUGUACCCAAGUUAAAUGCCAAGUACAUCCUCCUGUGGGUUUUGAUGUUCACACUGGCCCGAUGAUAAAAAGGCUGUUGCCUGCUGGGAACUUGCAUGAAUGUCUUUCAUGUCAUGCUCGUAUUUAAAAGAAUUGUAAACCGUGUUAUAUAGCAACUCAUAUGGAUGCAAUCUUAUUGAUCAUUGUUUA